UGUCAUGUUGUUGCACCUUUCAACGCAACAGAGAAUAGGAUGGGUAUAUACUCAUACAACUUACCCAAGAAUAAAUCACAGAAUCCUCACUCCUUUACAGAUGAUUUAUACCGCGACCACCUGGGUCAAAUUUGGCAUAAUCAGCAGAUUGAGAAAAGAUGGGAAGAGAUAGCUACAGAGCUUUAUCAAGAACAACCUUCUGUUAACACAAAGAUAAGACCUCCUUCUGAAGGAGACCCCUGGUUCUACUCUCAUCCACAUGCCUAUUCAACCGACUAUUCUACAUUCUUUAGUAUUGUGUCUUCAAUGGAGGAUGAUCAGAAGCAUUUACAAAUUUUUACCAGGACGCCGACUAUAAAUGAUGACAAUCUUUCAGAUCUCAAAGCUUUUGCGGUUGAGCAAGAAAUCGACCCAAACACAUUAGUGACAUUCGGGUGUGGUGACCUGAUUCCAACAGAUUAUCUGUUAGAUUAACCCUUUUUAAGCUGCUUCUCUAAUUUCAAUUUUCAAGGUCAUUUUCAAAAAGCAUUUGUCGAAAAACCAUUAGGCCCUAUACCUUCACUCAUGGCUUUUUGAACGCGUAUUUUGUAUUCUUUUCCGCGAGAUGAUAGAGAGUCGUAUUAGACCAAUUUACGUCUAUUCGGGGAUAUCGCCAAGAAUUUGUAAACAAGUUUUUCGUAUCUCGGAAAUAUGUGCUCCAUUUAUAUUCAGUACUAACGUUAUCUCACGAAAUUUUUCUUCAAAACAAUAUUAUAAGCGUGAUUGUAACUGGAAUCGUUGGUGAGUAAUUCGGGAGGUUGGAAUUUUAUCGCUGCGUUUGACGAGUUCACAUACUAUGGUCUAUUUAUCUUUAUAACAAACAUUUCAGCCUUGAUUUGGCAUAAACAAAAAGGAAUAAUUCUUCUAGUAAACAGGGGACUUGUAGACUCUGCACUGUGAAGU